CAAAACUUAAAAAUGAGAAAAAGAUUUGGCGCAAUUCAUUCAGAUUCAACUGAAGAAUACAUUCAACUUGCUUAAAUAGCUUGGAAUAAAGAUCUAUUAUAUUAUGAAGGAAAUUCUAAGAAACAAACAUAAAACAUUAUGAACUUUGAUUUUGAUGAGAGAGAUACAAAUGUAACAAUUUAAUAUAAUUAUUUAGAAUACUGAUAUAGAAGAAGAAUAAAUGGAAACAUCAAAUGUUAAAAUUAUUGUAAUGGAUGAUGAAAAUAAUUCUUAAACUGUCUUUGAUUAUUGUGGAUAAUAAUUUCAUUAACAAAAAGAUUUUGAUUAUGUUUCAAAAGUUGAAGUUAAUAAAAAUAAACAAAUCACUUACCAUUUUUGGAUUAACAAUAUUCAUUCAACUAAAUUUACUGAGAUUGUUGAUGGUAAAAUUUAUAAAUUUAUAUCUAGUUUAUGUAAAAAAUUGUGAUAUUGUGAUAUAUCUUUACAAUAAAUCAGUUGAAGAACACUAUCAAGAAUUCUUAGAGAAGAUUUCCAAAAUAAAUAAUAAAAACUUUAUUAUUUAUAAGGUUAAGAAUACAUUGAAUAGAACUUAGGUAUAUAAUAAUUUAAUAUUUUAUAGAGUUUUCAAUCUUUAAAUGAUUCAAAUAGCCAAAAUGUCUUUGAAGUGAAAAGCCUGUAAGAAGCAAUUACAAAAACUAUUAACUAAUAUAUUUGAUUAUAAACCAAUAUUUAUUUUGCGUACUACCAUUGCUAAAUAAAUUAAUCAUAGAGUUAUCUUGAGUGUAUAUUGAUUGGAACGUG